AUGCGUUUCGGCCGCACCAUUCAUCAGCACCGCAUUCCGGAGUGGGCUCCGCACUACAUCGACUACUACCACUUGAAGAGAUGUAUCAAGCUGGCCAUUCGGGAUGCUACCGAACGGCAGUCUGGAAUAGACCUGACAGAUACUCGUUUGCAUCAUGUAGUCUCGUCGGAGCGCGAACUGAUCGCCCCAGCAUUCACCACAGCUCUCGACUCCGAUCUUUCGCAUGUGCAGAAAUUCUAUUCAGACCGACUUGCCUCUCUUCGCCAGCACUAUGAUAUUCUGAUACGUCAGAGUGGAAUCGAUAAGGCUGUCCGCCCGUCAGAGCUUCACGAGCAGGCCGCCGCCAUAACUGCAUGUCUCCAGUACAGACUGGCGACGAGCAAACUGAGGUGGUACGGCAAAGUCAACGCUGAUGGGUUGAGAUGCCUUACUCGCAAGAUCGCGUAUAUCUCCCCAAAUGCUGACUGCCGGGCAAUCCACUCGCCCGCUUACGAGUUCGUCCACCAGAGCGCGACUCUGAAAGAACUCGAGGGCAUCGACGACUUCAUCUCCACCUUAUUGUCGUCUCUACAACGCAUCAACGAUCCGUUAGAUCUGGACGCGGCCCGGGAAGCACAUCUCCAACAAUCCCGCAAUCGUGGGCAGGCUUUGCUCAGACGCUUGGACAGGGGCCUACAAGACGAUACACCUAGCACCCAACGCAACGUUGUACACUCUCUGGUAAUAUCAGCCUCCUACGAGAGUACACUGAAGAAGGAUGUCCACAACCGGGAGCGUUACGAAGCCUUGUUAGCUUCACUGGGUAGUGAAAUGACCGACCACACAUCAAUGUUCCAGUCCAUUCUCGAAACGUUAAGCCCAGACCAGCGUCCAGCCAUCCUCCAGAGAGACCAUUGUGGCCGUUCCCCAUUGCAUUAUGCUGCCGAAGCUGGGCUCCCUCACCUGUGCGAGAUAAUUCUACGGUUCAUGAACCAGUGGAGUAUGUUGGACACCACAACCGACACAGCCUACGACCUUACAGACCAUGCCGGCAACUCGCCACUUCAUUUGAGUGUCACCAAUGGCCAUGAGACAGCCACCCGUGUUCUGCUCUCUUCGACUGCAACGUUGGACUCUUAUCGAGCUACUGGAACGUCACUCGGCGACACUUUGGCCAGUCUACUCCACAUCGCUUUACAGUACGAUGCAACCAGUAUCGUCGAAGAUUUGCUGGCAACUCAUCUCGUCAAUUUAGAUUAUCACCAGUCGAAUGGAGAAACAGCUCUCUUGAUUGCAUCCCGUGCAGGUUCGGUCGAACACAUUCGGAUGCUCGCCGAGUCACCUUCUUGGCAGCCACCGUACCUCAAUGAGCCUGGUUCAUCGUACGGGUGGACACCACUCAUAGUGGCAUGCAUCUUUGAUCACUUUGAUGCAGUCAAAGUCCUUUUGGAGUUGGGCGCAGAAGAGAGUCGAGCUGACGUCUUUGGUUGGACAGCGCUUGACCAUGUCGCCUUCCGAGGUUACUGGAAGAUAGCUAGUAUCUUGCAGAAGUCAUUCUCGAGAUCGACUGAACGGAUCUCAAAGGUUCCGCUUCGAAGUACCAAUGCGUUACCACUAUGCUCACCCUCGACUACCAGAAUUUUCGUGAAUAUUGGACCUCUGAAUACGAGGAAAUUCCACAGCCCCGUCGAUCUGUCCCCUCUUCUAUCACGAUAUCCGUUCAAUCCCUACCCUGAAGCUGGAUACCACCUUACCGCACAGGGGCUCGGUGCUAAUGGACUUGAGAGGAGCCUGGAUCUUCCUGUCUUAGAUGACACGACAAACUACCCUUCUGUCUUCCAUACAACGGAACCCUCAAAUGCCAAACUCCUGUUCGCCCUUUUCCGGCAGACCUCAACUUCAGAGUUGCCUGUCCACAUUGGGUCUGCCGUAGCCUUGCUGGAGGAGCUCGGGGACUCACUAGGCCCAGGUAGGGAGAGUUUGUUUCGGGAUCACAUAAUCCCCAUCAUCGGAUGCGAUGGCUUUCAGUUCUUGGGCACACUUACCGUCAAUUUCCUUCUCGUGAAGCCGUUCCCAGAUCCCCGGAAGUCUUCCGCUCCUAGUAUCGAUAAAGAUGUAUGGAACGGAAAUGGUAAAACCAAGUUGAUCGGCCACAGAGGUCUGGGCAUGAAUUCGCCCGCUUUCAAACGCCUUCAGAUUGGAGAGAACACCAUUCAGUCGUUCAAAUCUACCAUCGAUCUGGGGGUCUCAUAUGUCGAGGUAAGUCACCCAAUUGCGAGUUUCCCGUCUAAUUUUAACGGCUCGCAGUGUGAUGUGCCAGACCACGUCCCCGUGAUAUACCACGACUUCUUGAUGAGUGAGAGUGGAGCUGACAUCGCACCACACAAUCUGACUCUUGAUCAAUUCAUGUGCAUCAGUGAAAUGCAGCGACCAAUGGAUAAAGUGCCGCAGGGUGGCAACAGCCCAUUCGACAACAAAGGGUUUGCGGCGCAUGUCUAUCGAUCCCCUAACGCAUUGCGUCCACGCUCACAGUCGUUCGGCAGCGCCGAAGACUGUCGAACGCGGGAUUUUCUAGCACGCAUAAAGCAUACGCACGAGUUUAAGAUCAAGGGCUUCAAGGGUAAUGUGCGAGGGACGCAUAUCCAUGACUCUUUCGCUACCCUCGAGCAAAUCUUACAGGCCCUGCCUGAAGAGGUGGCCUUCGACAUCGAGUUGAAGUAUCCUAUGCUCUGGGAGGCCGAAGACUGGAAGGUGGAUCUCUACGGUGUCGAGCUAAAUCUAUACACCGACAAGACUCUCGAACAGGUCUAUAAAUACGGCGGGAACCGUCCAAUUCUGUUCACCUCUUUCAGCCCGGAGCUGUGCAUCUUGACCGCCCACAAGCAGGACACGUACCCGGUCAUGUUCCUCAACGAAUCGAACCUCUUCCCCACCGGCGACGUCCGCGCAAGCAACCUCCAAGAGGCUAUCCACUUCGCCCGCCACUGGGGACUGUCGGGCAUUGUGAUGUCGUCGGAGCCUUUCGUCGCGAGUCCCAAGCUUGUGCGAUUCGUCAAGGAUGCUGGCUUAAUGUGCACAUCGUUUGGAAUGCCAAAUAAUGACCCAGAGAAUGCGAGGAUCCAAGCCGCCGCGGGUCUCGACGCCAUCAUUGUAGACAGUGUGGCUUUGAUCAACCAUAGCUUCAAGGACGAAGUGGAUGCCGGUGCAAGGCGCAUUGGCUGA